AUUAUUCAAUAUAAACCUUUGUACUUCAUUUUUAUUUUAAAUUAUUCAUUUAACAUUGUCACUAACCCUUUUUUGUGGACUGUUAGUGUUUUCAUGUGACAGUACGCAGUAUGUAACUAGAGUUUUCAUGCUACAUAACAUAGGGCAUGUAGCCAUACUUCAUUACUCACUGCAGGAGUCAGUGAGCACAGGAAGGUCCCGCAGGAAGAGGACCCGCAAAGCGGUGCCCAAAAUAGAGACGCAGCCUCCCAGAGAGAGGGAACAAUGGAGUAACCCCCGGGAGUUCCUGUUGUCUUGCAUCGCCAUGUCCGUGGGUCUUGGGAAUGUUUGGAGGUUCCCGUUCGUGGCCCUGGAGAAUGGCGGAGGAGCCUUCCUCGUCCUAUAUAUAUUUGUUCUUUUCUUCAUCGGAAGGCCUCUCUACUACAUGGAACUUUGUAUGGGUCAGUUCUCCUCUCUUGGCUCCGCCAAGGUGUGGGAGAUGUCACCAGCAUUCCGAGGAGUGGGCUACGGCCAGGCCAUUGCUGCCAUGGCGGUGGUGACAUACUGCGUCUUCCUUAUGGGUCUCACCGUUCACUACUUUUUCGCCUCCUUCGCUAGCGUUUUACCAUGGGCUGAGUGUGGGAACUGGUCUGACAACUAUUGCGUGGAUGUCAACAAUACGGAGGUCCAGCUGGGCAUUAAUUCCACCGACUUAACUUCCGUUGCUGAGGAAUAUUUCUCAAAGAAAGUGCUGAACUUAGAUCCAUUGGGUCUUAGUAAUGGUCUGGGAAAUCCCGAGUGGCGUCUCAUGCUGUGUCUGCUCUUGUCUUGGGUGAUACUCUUCAUGGUAUUGAUCAAGGGCGUGCACAGCUCUGGCAAGGCUGCUUACUUCUUUGUCAUCUUCCCGUACUUCGUGCUUAUUGUCAUGCUGGUUCGAGGAACCUUGUUGCAAGGAGCCCUGGAAGGUUUUCUCUUCUUCAUUACGCCAAGAUGGGAAAAACUCAUGGAACCAGAGGUGUUAUACGCCGCUAUACACCAGUCAUUCUUCAGCCUCUCUGUUGGUUUCGGGUCAGUUAUGAUGUUUUCCUCAUUCAACAAAUUCCGCUACAACUUUUACCGGGACACCAAUAUCAUCUGCAUCGCCGACACUGUUACUUCACUCCUCGCUGGCAUCACCACCUUCGUUAUUUUAGGCCACCUAGCGGAGGAGCUCGGCGUCGAUAUUGAGCACGUUAUUAAGAGUGGCGGAACUUCCCUUAUGUUCGUUAGUUAUCCUGACGUACUGUCCAGGUUCCAGUACGUCCCUCAGUUAUUCUCCGUGAUGUUUUUCCUCAUGCUCUUCACCUUGGGCUUGGGCACUGCCUCUGCACUCAUAAACUCCAUUACAACAAUAAUUUGCGACGAUUUUCCCCACUUAAAGAAGCAGAUCGCAACAGUGAGUGUCUGUACCGCGGGAUUUUACUUGGGUCUGUUCUACGCCACUCCUCAGGGCCAGUUCGUCCUUGAGCUUGUCAACCACUAUGGCGGUGGCUUCAUCGUCUUUGUCUUGAUGAUUGUCGAGAUUGUUGGUGUCCAUUGGGUGUACGGUGUUAACAACUUCUGCCGCGACAUUGAUUUUAUGUUGGGCAGGAAGACUGGCCUCUUCUGGAAAAUCUCAUGGGCCUUCCUCAUCCCUCUGCUACUCUCUGUAGUCUUCAUCUACGGCCAGAUCACUGGCAAGCCACUGGCAGUCGGCUCAUACGUCUUCGAACCUCUUGUUAUAGGUGUGGGUAUUUGCCUGGCCGUCCUGGCAUGUCUGAUGGUGCCAAUCUUCUUCGUGGUAGAGGUGUCACGUCGGCGUGACGAAGAUACCUCAGUGUGGCAAGCUGUGGUGAAGACCUUCAAGACCAGUGAUGAGUGGUGUCCCAGAGACCCCGACCUACGUCAGGGAUACAGCCUCUUCACUUCUGCAGCAGAGAACACCACUCCUGUUUGA